GCCAACAUUAGGUAGGCAGCCGGACUGGACCCGCAGAAGGAACGGAUCCCGCCCCAGCUCCUGCUACGGCCACAGUUGUCGUCGGCAUGCUGCGUUUCCUGGUGCCCCGGCUGCCCGGCCUGCUCAGCAGGACCGCCCCAUACUCCUCGGCGGCAGCGCUCCCAAGGCCUGUCCCCAACCCAGACGUCCGCUACAACCAGCUAUUCAUUAACAACGAGUGGCAGGACGCAGUCAGCAAGAAGACCUUCCCCACAAUCAACCCCAGCACUGGAGAGGUCAUUGCACACGUGGCUGAAGGGGACCGGGCCGAUGUGGACCGGGCGGUGAAGGCAGCACGUGAGGCCUUCCGCCUGGGGUCCCCGUGGCGCCGGAUGGAUGCCUCUGAGCGAGGCCGGCUGCUGAACCGCCUGGCCGACCUCGUGGAGAGGGACCGUGUGUAUUUGGCCUCGCUGGAGACCCUGGAUAACGGGAAGCCCUUCCAAGAGUCUUACGUCUUAGACCUGGACGAGGUCAUCAAGGUGUACCGGUACUUUGCCGGCUGGGCGGACAAGUGGCAUGGCAAGACCAUCCCCAUGGACGGCGAGCACUUCUGCUUCACGCGGCACGAGCCCGUGGGCGUCUGUGGCCAGAUCAUCCCCUGGAACUUCCCCUUGGUCAUGCAGGGCUGGAAGCUCGCCCCCGCACUUGCGACGGGCAACACCGUGGUCAUGAAGGUGGCUGAGCAGACCCCACUGUCUGCCCUGUACUUGGCCUCCCUCAUCAAGGAGGCAGGCUUCCCCCCCGGGGUGGUGAACAUCAUCCCAGGCUAUGGCCCAACGGCAGGAGCAGCCAUCGCCCAGCACAUGGACAUCGACAAGGUGGCCUUCACGGGCUCCACAGAGGUGGGCCACCUGAUCCAAAAGGCAGCUGGCGAGUCCAACCUCAAGCGGGUCACCCUGGAGCUGGGCGGGAAGAGUCCCAGCAUCGUGCUGGCCGACGCCGACAUGGCCCACGCCGUGGAGCAGUGCCACGAAGCCCUCUUCUUCAACAUGGGCCAGUGCUGCUGCGCCGGCUCCCGGACCUUUGUGGAGGAAUCCAUCUACGACGAGUUUCUCGAGCGAACCGUGGAGAAGGCCAAACGGAGGAAAGUUGGGAACCCCUUCGAGCUGGAGACCCAGCAGGGGCCCCAGGUGGACCAGGAGCAGUUUGAGCGGAUCCUGGGCUACAUCCAGCUUGGCCAGAAAGAAGGGGCGAAGCUUCUCUGUGGCGGAGAGCGUUUCGGGGAGCGCGGCUUCUUCAUCAAGCCCACCGUCUUUGGGGGCGUGCGGGACGACAUGAGGAUCGCCAAGGAGGAGAUCUUUGGGCCUGUGCAGCCCCUGUUCAAGUUCAAGAAGAUCGAGGAGGUGAUUGAGAGGGCCAACAACACCCGGUAUGGCUUGGCCGCUGCCGUGUUCACCCGGGACCUGGACAAAGCCCUGUACUUCUCCCAGGCGCUGCAAGCCGGGACGGUGUGGGUGAACACCUACAACAUCGUCACCUGCCACACCCCGUUUGGGGGCUUCAAGGAAUCUGGCAACGGAAGGGAGCUGGGGGAGGAUGGGCUUAAGGCCUACACGGAAGUGAAGACGGUCACCAUCAAAGUUCCUCAGAAGAACUCCUAAGCACGGCCACCGUGGGACCCCGUCCAAGGACCCCCAAAGCAUCCAGACCAGUGGCUGCCUUUUUGUUUCUUUAAAGUGAUGGACCGCCUUUCUUCAUUCCAAAUGAACUCUUCGAGGGACCCUUACAAAUAACACCAUCGACGUCAGGGCUACUCUAGUUCAAGCAGGUAUGGGGGGGGGACCCCGGAUUCCUUUCUAGCUGCUCCUUAAUCCCAGGAUGACCCUCCCCCGCCCCGUCACAGUCCUGAGACCUGAAAAGUCUCUGGGAAGACAGAUGGAAGCAAUUUGAGGAAUGUUGUUCUGCCUGCCCGAACCGAGGACUUUUCCGAGAGUGAACUUGAUGGCUUCAUGGAUGUACUCAACUCGGGAGGUUUGAACCACGUGGACCCUGAAUCUGAGCCCUACUCUUCCUCGAUCGACUUCCCUUCCAAGUCCCAGUCGUCAGCUGUCUUGCCCACUUGCACUUCACUCUGCUAGUGAGUUCCCUCGAGUUGAGAGAAGAGGGAGGCAAAGGAUGCAUUAGCAAGAUCACACCUUCAAAGUCAACUCCACCAGCCCACAUUUCCCUCGGCUGGGGAAGCAAAGGGCGGUACAGGCAGACGAGGGGAUACUGUCUGGCCAUGAAAAGACACAUGCUAUAACAUGGACGGAACUUGAAAAUUUUCAGCUGAGCAAACGAGGCCGGCAGAAAAGGCCACAUACUGUACCGUGCCAUGUCAGAAAAUUGCAGAGCCGCCGAGAGCGUAGCACGUUCAGAGCAGUCCUCCGCGCAGCACGUCGACUCCUAGCGGUUUGCUGGGCUGGGAGGACACGAGACUGGGAAGGGACUGGAGGGAGUAGCUAGUCUCUUUUCUAGGGUGAUGAGAAUGUUCCAGAAUGAAGCCAUGGUGAUGGUUGUACCCCUUUGUGAAUAUACUAAAACUCGCAGGAUGGCUGUAAAAGGACACGUGUUUAUGGUACAUGAGUUAUAGACUCCAUUUGAAAAUAAAAUUAAGUCAAUAAACUCAUGCAUUCUACUUAUAAAUUCA